CAUGGCGCUGUGACUGUGCUGUCCCGGACAGCCCGAGGCCGGGCGCCUGGACGCAGAGCCACAGGCGCGGCGGACGGCUCAGCAAGCGGGCCCAGUCUCUCGCUCGUCGCUGCGUCUGGGGCUUGGAAAUUGCCGAGGCCGGCUGAUCCCUAGAAGCUCGGGUUCCGAGGACGAGCCCGCGGCCCUUCCCGCCUCUCCGAGCGCAGGCACCAGGCCGAGGCAGGCGCCUCCCUGCCACGGCUCAGCCCUCCUCUCCCCCGGCCCCACGCGUCCCUCUUGGGCUCUGGAGCCCCAGGGCUCACACCCAUCCAGCCUAGACACCAUGCUGCUUCCCCCACUCUUUUCCCUGCCAAAUUAGAUUCUUCUUCGCUGUUGUGUUCCAGUGGCUUCAGGGCCCUGGAAAAUUAAGGAUGAACCUAUCCCAACACUUAUACAAGGGGUUGUGGAUCCUAGAAUUCCUGGAGAGCAGCCCUUAGGACUCCAGGCCGCUGGCUUCUGCACUUUCUUUCUCUCCAAAGUUGAGGAUCCCCUUCCUGGCACCUCAUCAAACGCUACCACCAUGACCUCCAAAUCUGGGGAAGACUGGGGUACAGCCCUCUCCCACCUGGUGCUUGGAGUGGUGUCUCUGCAUGCAGCUGUGUGCACUGCCCAGGCGAGUCGAGGGGCUGCUGCUGGCUUCCUGCUCCAGGCCGUGUCUUCUGCCACCAUGCUGGUGCCAGGGUUGGGCACAGAUGAAGACUGUCUUGCUGGAGCCUGGGUGGCCACCGUCAUCAGCCUGCCCCUUCUGGCGUUUGAUUUCCACUGGAUGAAUGGGGACCGCUCCUCUGCCAACCUGCUCCUGGGAGGAGGCAUGGUGCUGGCUGUGGCUGGUGACCACCUCGGCAGUGAGGGCCGAUCUGUGGCUGGUCAGGCAGUGGUGCUGGUGGUCUCGGUGACCAUCCUCAUCGUGGCUGUUUUCACAGCCAACACUUAUGGGAUGUGGGGGGGCGCCAUGCUGGGUGCAGCUGGCCUCUUGAGCCGACUGGAGGAGGACAGACUGCUGCUGCUGCCCAAGGAGGACAUCUGCCGCUGGGCCCUAGCUGCAGGCAGUUGGGCCUAUUGCCGGGCCCUGCAUAUACAGCACCUGCAGUGGGAGUGACAGUCGGGACCACAGGGCAGGGCUGCUGCCUGGCUGCACCUCCUCCCCCUCCUACCACCUGCUCCUGGGGCCUCCUUCUGACACCGGUUAGGGGACAGAGUCUGGGGCUGCUCCUCCUCUGACCGUAAGAAGGGACUUGCCUAGACCAGAGUCAAGGUGAACAGAGUCUGAGGCACAUUAUGGGGCCUAUUUCUGGGCUGGACAUGGUCAUGGGUCCAGAGUGAGGCUUGGUCUCCAAUAAACCUUAUGGAUUCGGCAGGAA